ACUGCACUCUGUCGGAUUUUAUCGUUGUAAGUCUGUAAACUUUCCGCUGACCUUCUUGAGGACCGAAUGAUACAGAUCACAGUUUCUGAAAUCCAAAGUAUUCCUCAGAUUUGCUCCCAUGAAAGAACCAACAACUGGACGCACGGGAACUUUUUUCACGGUAGUCUCGUUAAUCCACUGUUGUCACAUGUGUGUGAAGGAUGACCUCUGUAUAGGGAUAGGUUACAGUGCAAGUUUCCGAAAAUGUCAACUGCUAAGUACAAUUUCUGAAAGUGGUUUUAUAGACAACGUAUACUACGACGUGUGGGUGAAUAAGCUCUCUUGCACAGAAAAUCCGUGCAAAAACGGAGCAACUUGCCUCGAUGAUUCUUCAGGCCUCUACAAGUGCAUCUGUUUGUUUGGUUUUACAGGUUACAACUGCGAAACACCUCCGGUUGGCUAUCAGUUUCACAGCACGUCUUAUUUCAAGUAUUACAGCAUAGGAAAGACAGAACCAGAUGCUGAGGCUUCAUGUAAUGCAGAAGGGGCACGUUUGGCUAAAAUUCCAGAUCUCGCUACUCACCAAUUCUUGAAGAGUCUUAUCUUAGAAGAUACUUGGAUUGGCGUUCUAUUUAAUAAUGGCCAAUGGCAGUACGAACCAACUGGAUUUAAUAACUGGGCACCGUUGGAACCGACUGGAAAUGGAUUAUGCACUUAUAUGUGGAGUCUACACAACUUUCAAUGGGAUGAUUGUCCUUGCACAACUACUUUUCAUUACUUAUGCGAAAUUAAAAUUCAGUAA